UGUCAUUAUUCAUGAUGUGCCCACAUAUGUGAAUGUCAACCUGCUAGAGGAACCUGAGGCUUUCUCUGGCUGAAGAGGCGGACUGUAGGCGGGGCCUCUCGUCCACAGCUUCUCGGGGCAGUGCGUGGUGUGAUACCACAGAUGGUGAGGUUCACAGGAGUGUAUGGCCAGAAACGUGUCACUGCUUACGCUCCAGAACCUGACCUGUGUCGCCGCUGCAGCCGGUGGGGGCACAAGGCAUGGAGGUGCAGGGCAGCCCAUCCUCGCUGUCGCUACUGUGCUGCCUCUCACGACUCUGAUGUGUGCUUCCAGAAAAUAUCGCAGAGCCUUAAGUUCCCUCCCAAGUGCUGCAACUGUCUGGGCUCCCAUAAUGCCCAGUCUGGUCACUGCCCCUACAAGCCACGUUCACCUGGGGCCACGCAUGGGCAGCCCUCUGUUGGUGAAGCAACUGACCGCACCCUGAGCCUCCUCUUCUCCGGCGCCAAAAAUCUACCCAAUGGAAAUGCAACAGAGACAAUGGAGACUACCACCACCACCACCACUACCUCCUCCUCCUCCUCCUCCUCCUCCUCCUCUCCACACCUCCAGCAGCUCCUCCUCACCCCCCAUGGCACACUGGCACGCCCUCCAUGGAUGCACAGCAGGCCAGCACAAGUGAGGUGUGUCGGCCAGUGGGGUGUGUGGGUGUGAGUGCGUGUGUUGGGUGUCGUCGGGUGUCGUCUGAGCCAUGGGGAUCGUGCCAUUACUGCGAGUGUAAGCUGUGCGAUGUGUGUCAGCGGUUGUGUCACUUCUGCGGGGGAAGCUUCUGCCCUAAGUGUUCCCU